GAAUUCUUGCGAAUUCUAAAGAAAAGUACUGUUUUAACAAUUAAAAUAUUCGAAAAUGUGAAUAAAAAUCGUGUACAGCGUUCGCAAUAGUUUGAAAAUCUUAUCAUGUUAUCCGGGGAAUUCAAAAAAUUAUUCCGAAAAUUGAAAUAAAAAAUUUCAUCUUAAAAUUUAAGUAUUUUGCAAAAAUGCCAUUUCAAAAAUUCCUAUUGAUUAUUUAUUUUUGAAUAAUAAUAAUAGAAAUAAUAGAAGAAUUUCCGAAUCGUAUAAUUAUUUGAUAAUGUCUUCAUCUUUUCAUCAUAUAUAUAUAUAUUAAUCAAAUAUUUCUAUAUUUAUAAGUUAAGUAUUUUUUCUCUUAAAAAUAUUAUUUUCAAAUGUUUAAGAAAAUCAUUGUAAGUCUCCUACAAUCUGAUAAUAACAACUAGCCUAAGGAAAUCUAAAAGGUUUGUAAAGUUGAACGAUAAAGAAUAUCCGGAAGCUAGUUACUUAAACAAAGAGUCUCAACGAUUCAAACAACAAAGAAAGGAAAAAAAUUUCGAGGAACGAGAAAAAAAGAAUGCGCUAAUAUUGACGCAAUUUGAAAAGAAAGAAUACUAAUAACUAAAGCAAAAGAAAUUAUUAAUUUUUAAUCUAAGUACGACUUUUUAUUAAAGUUAUUAUAUAUAUAUAUAUAUAUUUAUUUUUAUUACACUAAAAUAAAUUAGAAUUUCAAUUUUGUUUCUUUUAUUUAUUUCUUUAAUUUAUUUUUUAGCAACUAAAUAUUUUUGCCACAUAAUAUCUUUAAACACCAUAUCUGAGAAUCCAUAUGCAUUCUCAGAAUUAUUAAUUUAUCUUCAUUACUUUAAUUAAAUACUUAUUAUUAUUUCAAAGAUAUCUCUUGAAAUAAACUCUUGAAAAAGAAAUUUGAAGGAUAGGAUUUUUAUCCCUUAAGGCAGGGAUCAAAUGAACAUCAAAAAAACGAACGUUUUUUUUAACAUUUAUUAUAUUAUAUUCUAAACAUAGAAAUAAUUAUAGGAGAAAAUAAAUUUAACGUCUGUUUUUUGAUGCUUUUUGACGUACGACUACGGCUUAAAAUUUCUACAAUGGCAUUAUAUUUACAUCUAUUCUACAGUAUAUGUAAAGUUAUCAUGUAAGCUUUACUAUGUAUAGAAUGUAUAAAAUAUAUAUGUGAACUAAUACAGAAUUAACAUCACCAUAGCAACGAAUCUAUGUUUUGAAACAAGUCUUCGAUUCUUUAUGAAUGAAUUGUCAUAAUAAUUAUCAUUUCGAGAUUAUUUUUGAAGUUGACGAAAUAAUAUUUUUCCGGGUUGUUUUUACGGAUCUGUCAUUUUGGAUCUGAGAGUUAUUAUUAUUUACUCUAUUGUCUAUCAGACAAAUAAGAUAAGAUAUUUAGAUUUAUGUUUAUUUUUCGUAAAAAGUUAACAGGAUUUUUUCUUCUUAUUGAAAAAUAUUAUAUUCAUCAUAAUCAUCAUGAGUGUUUUGUCUAUGGAAGGAAGCAUGAAUAAGAUGCGUCACGGUUUGCGAAAAGAGGAGGAGAGUCGUAUUUCACAACGUCGUCAAAAUAUACUAUAUCUUAUAUAUGAUUAUUUGAGCGAAAAUAAUUAUACAGAUACUUGCGAAACACUAAUCUCCGAAGCUGAACUUGUUUCCGAAAUUCAGGUUUGCGAUAAUAUAGAUUUAGAAAGGAUUAUAAUGGAAUUUGAAAAUUAUUAUUAUAUGAAAUUCAAUAAAUAUCCCAUGUUUUGUAAAAAAAAUGCAACAAAUAUAGAUAAAAAAAAAAGUAAGACAAAAGUCAUAAUGCCUGCUGCCAAACAAUCGCAAAAUGAACUAGUGAAAGAAAAUAAUAUACAACAAGAAAUAAAUAAUGAAAUAAAUAAUAUUAAUCUUGCAAUGACAGUAAAACCGAUUUUCUCCAAUCAGAACACAGUUAAAUUUUCAUCAGAAGAAUUUGACAUUCCAAAAGAAAAAUUUAUACAAUCGAAAAUAUGGAAAUGUAUCGAAAAACUAUAUUCAGUAAAUUCAGAAUUGCGAAAAAUAGCUGUCGACAUAUCACAUGAGAUUGUAUUGGAGAAUUUAAAUGUACAUUGGGAUGAUGUAGUAGGUUUAGAUGACUGUAAAACAGCUAUUAAAGAAGCUAUUGUAUAUCCUCUUAAAUAUCCUGUCUUCUUUGCCGGUCCAUUUUCUCCUUGGAAAGGUAUUCUAUUAUAUGGACCACCUGGCACAGGCAAAACAAUGUUAGUGAAAGCUGUAGCAACAGAAUGCAAAUGCACUUUUUUUAAUAUAACAGCUAGUUCCUUAGUUAGCAAAUGGAGAGGUGAUUCCGAAAAAUAUAUACGUGUUUUAUUCGAUCUUGCUUAUAGCCAUUCGCCCACAAUUAUUUUCAUAGAUGAAAUCGAUUGGAUAGCUACAAAUGUACAAAAUAAUUCAUUAUCUGAACCUGCAAAAAGAUUUAGAUCAGAACUUCUUACUAAGUUGGAUGGAUUAGUAUCUACUGAUAAUUCAAACGUACUACUUCUAGCUGCAACUAAUUCUCCGUGGAAUAUUGAUUCAGCUUUACUUAGACGUCUUGAGAAACGAAUAUAUGUGUCAUUACCCAAUGAAGCUACUCGACUUGGUAUAUUCAAAUUAUAUCUCAGUGAUAAUUUGUUAAAGAAUAAAAAUGUUGUAGACUUUUUAAUGAGUUAUACUAAACAAUAUUCUGGUGCAGACAUAAAAUUGCUUUGUAAACAAGCAUGGAUGUUAGAAGUAACUCCAAUGUGGAAAAAUCUUGAAAAAAAAGAAAUAUUCAUUACAGAUUUGAAAUAUGAAUUAAGGAAUAUUGAAAUAUUAAAAAAAUUACUUAAAGAAACAGUACCUACAGUAACAAACACGGAUAUAUAUGAUAACUGGGAUACAAAUAUAAAUAACAAAUAAUCAAAUUCAAUAAAAAGCAAUUAAUUAAAAUAUUAUUAUACCUAAAUUUAAUUUUAUAUUAAAAGUUAUAUUAAAAAAAUAUAUUAAAUGUCAUUGAUCUAUUAUUAUACAUAAUAAUAUAAUAUAUAUAUAAUAAUAUAUAUUCUUGAAUUUUAUAAUCUUUAAAUUAUUUUUUAAAAAAACAAAAUAUAAUAAAAUAAAAUUUAUAUUUCUAUUUUAAAUAAUAACUAAUAUAUAUUAUAUUUUUCUACAACUAGUAAUAAGAUUUCAAUAAAUUAUAAAAUGAAAGAAUGAAAUAAAUAGUAAUUUUUUAUAUCAAUAUUAUUAUUCUUAUUAUAUAAAAAUUGUAUUUCAUGUUAAAAGGAUGUAUAAUCAACAAUUUUUUCUUUUUGUUUGAUUCUUCUCUGCUUGUUUUAAACCAUGAUAAUAGCCUGUAAAAUAAACAUUACUUUAUUAAGUUUCAUAUAAAAUAAAUUUAUAAAUAAUU